GACACGCCACAACAUAUGUCUACUUUUAUUUUGAAUGUUGUUUUUGUGACCGGAAACGGGUUAGUUUACUUUUGGUCAUGCCAGGUCUGCGUGAAGUUCACAACUCACAGCUCACCUCUGUGUGACACUCCGGUGUCGUCGCUGAACCCUCGCCACAUUUCUUCCCCGGGAGCCAGCGUGGACAACACGAAGCUGCUGCAAAGGGCUGGUGGAGUCAUGUUUAGAGUCCUCAGUCAAAGUAAAAGGACGCCAGGCUGCCUGGUGGGCCAGCGGCGCUAUGAGCACCACAGGGCCGUCAUGGCCAUCCGUCGCGAGGACGUCAACCCCUGGGAGAGGAGGGCGCCGCUUGCCCCGCGGCAUAUCAGAGAGCUCACGCACGCCGGUGUCAAAGUUCUGGUCCAACCAUCCAACCGCAGAGCCAUCCAUGAGAAGUACUACAUGAAGGCGGGGGCUGUUGUUCAGGAAGACAUUUCAGAGGCGUCACUGAUAAUCGGAGUGAAGAGGCCACCAGAAGAGAAAGUCAUUCCGAGGAAGACGUAUGCUUUUUUCUCUCACACCAUCAAAGCUCAGGAGGCUAACAUGGGGCUCCUGGAGGACCUUCUGAAGAAGGAGGUUCGUCUCAUCGACUACGAGAAGAUGGUCGACGCCAACGGCUACCGGAUCGUGGCCUUUGGCCAGUGGGCUGGUGUCGCAGGAAUGAUUAAUAUUUUGCAUGGACUAGGGCUUCGCUUCUUGGCUCUUGGUCACCACACUCCUUUCAUGCACAUCGGCAUGGCUCAUAACUACAGGAACGUCAGUCAAGCCAUCCAGGCAGUGAGGGAUUGUGGGUAUGAGAUUUCGAUGGGACUCAUGCCCAAAUCCAUUGGCCCUGUCACAUUUUGCUUCACCGGAACGGGAAACGUCUCCAAGGGAGCCCAGGACAUCAUCAACGAGCUUCCUGUUGAAUAUGUUGAACCUCUUGAGUUAAAGGACGUCUCUAAAACUGGAGAUAUGACCAAGGUUUAUGCCACCGUUCUGAGCCGACACCAUCACUUGGUGAGGAAGAGUGAUGGCAUCUACGACCCCAUGGAGUACGAGAACCACCCAGAACUGUACACCUCUCACUUCAGAACCAGUGUGGCGCCCUACACAACCUGCCUCAUCAAUGGAAUUUACUGGGACCCCCACACUCCCCGACUCUUGAGACGAGUGGAUGCUCAGAAGCUGAUAAAACCAUCCAAGAACUCAUCAGCAGGCCUUGAAGGAUCACCACAGCUGCCUCACAAGCUGCUGGCCAUCUGCGACAUAUCUGCUGAUGCCGGAGGCUCUAUAGAGUUCAUGAACGACUGCACCACCAUUGAUAAGCCUUUCUGCAUAUACGACGCUGACCAGCACGUGGAUCAUGACAGUGUGGAAGGAAACGGGAUCCUCAUGUGCUCCAUUGACAACCUUCCCGCUCAGCUCCCCAUUGAGGCUACAGAGUACUUCGGAGACCGGCUCUUCCCCUACAUCUGGGAGAUGCUACCUUCAGAUGCCACCAGACCACUGGAGGAAGAGGAGUUCAGCCCACAAGUCAGAGACGCUGUCAUCACUUCUAACGGAGCACUCACCCCAAAGUUUGAAUAUAUUGAGAAACUACGGGAAAGAAGAGAGAAGGCUCAGAUCAUGAAGAAGACUGGGAUGAAGCGAGUUCUGCUGCUGGGAUCUGGAUACGUGUCUGGACCUGUUGUCGAGUAUCUGACCCGCGAUGAGAGGACUCAGGUCACUGUGGCCUCAGUGCUACUGAAGCAGGCGGAGGAGCUGGCAGCCAAAUAUCCAAACACCAUCCCCGUCACACUAAAUGUCGGCAGCCAGGAGGCACACCUCGAUUCUUUGGUCAAAGAUCAUGACCUGGUUAUCAGCCUGCUGCCGUACUCGUUCCACCCACUCAUCGCCAAACAAUGCAUCAAGAGGAAGGUGAACAUGGUGACAGCCAGCUACCUAAGUCCUGCUAUGAAGGAGCUACAGAGCAGUGCGGAGGAGGCAGGCAUCACCAUCGUGAAUGAGAUGGGACUGGACCCAGGCAUCGACCACAUGCUGGCCAUGGAGUGUAUUGACCAGGCCAAAGCUGACGGCUGCUCUGUGGAGUCUUACAGCUCCUUCUGCGGUGGCCUCCCUGCUCCUGAGUGUUCAGACAAUCCUCUUCGCUACAAGUUCAGCUGGAGUCCAUAUGGUGUCCUCCUCAACACCAUCAGCCCUGCUAUCUUCCUCAAAGACAACCAGGUGGUGAGUGUCCCUCCUGGUGGGUCUCUGAUGGAUUCCACCACUGCGAUGGAUUUUCUUCCUGGUUUCAACCUGGAAGGGUUUCCUAACCGUGACAGCACCAAGUAUGCUGAGCCGUACGGCAUCCAGACAGCACACACACUGGUCCGAGGAACUCUACGCUUCAGGGGCUUUUCAAAUGCCAUGAGUGGGUUUGUUAAACUGGGUCUGAUCAACAGUGAGCCCAGUCCCUUCCUGCAGAGCACUUCAUCUCCCAUUUCCUGGAAAGAACUCCUCUGUCAGCAGAUGGGAUUGUCUUCUUCUAUCUCCCAGGGCGCAUUUGAAGAAGCCGUAUAUGAACGCAUUGGACAGGACGACUUCAGGAUGGACACCCUGAGAUGGUUUGGGAUGCUGAGUGAUGACUCUGUGCCUCUUGCAGAGAGCGUUCUGGCCGCUCUCGCAAAGCAUCUGGAAUCUAAGCUCACCUUUGAUAAAGGUGAGCGAGACAUGAUCAUCAUGAGAAAUGAUGUCGGGAUUCGCCACCCAACGGGUGAACUGGAGACCAAACACAUCAGCCUGGUGGUGUAUGGCGAGCCCAGUGGUUUCUCUGCCAUGGCCAAGACUGUGGGAUAUCCAGCAGCUAUUGCUGCUCGCAUGGUGCUUGACGGUGAAAUAAAUACAAAGGGUCUUGUGGUUCCAAUGACAAAGGAGGUCUACGGGCCAGCGCUGGCCCGGCUAAAGGAGGAAGGACUGCACUUCAUGUCAAAGAGCACCCUGCAGGAGUAGAGCUGUCUCCCAAGGGGAAGCAUAACUUGCUAUAAAUCCCGUCCAGUCUUUUAGCUGCCCUUCUUCAUUGCCUUCAUCAAAUCUGUUCAGACAGACAACUUGUCUGCUGUUGUUCUUUUUAAGAUUACAUUUUAGCUCAACUGUCAAGCUUAACAAUUAAAUGUUUGUUUUUUUCCCCUCACAAAUUUGAAAGGCAAAACUGUGUUUUAGUUGGUUUAAAAACAGAUUGUCAGUAAUCUGCACUUUUAGAAAAACAUCCUGAGCUUUAAUUGAUUUUCUCAUCUCUGCUCAACCGAAAUAAUAAUUUCACCAGUGUUGACUGUUCCAGAGAAAAGUUCUUCUGUGAAGAUGUGUGAACGGUCAACUGAUCAAACGCUAUUUUAGGCAUUAGGAAUGUAAAGCAUUAAAAAGCCCAAACAUCAUCCCAUGAAUCAGGUGGAAGCCAGGCCUGACUGGAAUUUAAAACUAAAUUCACUCAAUUCUUCAUGGUAAAUGUCAACAUCCAAUGUUGAUCUCAAGUGUCACCAGUUUAAAAACAAAAUGACAGAUGAAAUGUUCAGUGGGCAACCAGAGUGAUGAUACAUGUUUCAUUUACCCUUCAUGCUAUCUUCAAUACAUUGAUGGAAAUCAGGUUUACAAAUACCUUACUAAUAGAUGCACUAACAAAUGCAAAACAUACCCAGAAGACCAUAACACAUUCCUAAUACUUCAUGUUUCACAAACAAAAGCUACAAAAAUAUCCUCAUGUGGCUUAAAAGCUGUGCAGAAAUCUUUGUAGCAUCAUAACUUAUAAAUAAGUUCAAGUCCAUAGUUUGAUGAGCGUGUAGAGUCUUGUCCGUGUGUUUUUAGGUAAAGCACUUAAGGUAUUACUCUAAAAUUGUUCCACAAUUCUGCAAUUACAUUUUGCAGUGAAUGGUUGUCAGAUUCAGUCAAAAUGGACAGAGAUUGCUGAGUGAGUUUUAUUUUUGUGAUGUCAUCCAUGAUGUCCAUUCAUGGCUCUGAUGUUUGGUUGUCUCUCUGUCUGUUAACGCUUUCUACUUUGUCUAUAACUAAGAUGUUAUGUUACCUCAUGCAACAAAAGUGCACAGUAUCAUUAGCGAUAUCACAACUUAGUUGCAUUACCAGGACUGACCUACCCCCAGUUUUUCAGCAUUAAAAAUGACUGUUACCGCAAUGGAAUAAGUAAGUGAACUUUGCCAGUAAUGUUGUCUCUUGGGUCCUAAAUUGGCCUAACCAGAUGUACCAGGAUGUUUACCUGGAACUGUCUGGGAACAUCAGAGAGAGAGUAUUCUUUAAAUGUAUUAUAUUUCUUGCUUUACAUCGUAGAUCAAAAGUAUAAAUUAUUAACGUCUGAUCUCCAUUUGGUGAACAUUACUGAAAGUUGGAUGACUAUUUAUUGUCUGUCACCUGAGCAGUAUUUAUUUUAUUAUUUGAGGGGGGUGCAGUAACCUUGCAAAAAAAUUUUAAAUGGGCAAAUGUAGCAGAGGCAAAUACAUCUGUUUUCCAUAUACUGUUUAUCCAUUUGUAUUUCUGACAUUAUAUAUGUUGGCCCCUGCACCGUUUUAGACGGCAGCAUGUUUGAAAUGUUGACAGAGUUUAGGUUUGGAUCUGAAUGGUGCAAAGACUCUUAAAACAAAAGGUAAACCAAGAAAUCAAAUCAGAUUUACAAAUGAAUCCGACACUACACUAAAGCAUGUCCAGAUCAGAUGUCUCAGUACUGGUUGGUUUCUCUCCUCCAACACAAACGGUUUGUAUUGUUGUCUUUUUGUUGUCUUCUGUUUGAGCUGACAUGCAUGAUGCAAAACAUUUGUAAAAGACUAUCUUUGCUCCAUUAAAAUAUUCUGGUUACAUUGAUAAAGGUCA